UUUCACGCGCAACGAAACAGUCCCGAUCGUCUACACUUUUGGGUUAAUUUUAACAGCGAAUCAUUUUGAAAUCAAGAUUGGAAAAAUGCAGAUCUCGAAUGCACAAGACAUUCAAAAAGAAAUGGCACUGAUGAUGAGCACCUAUAGCAAAUGGGGAGAAGACUUAAUGCAAGUGCCAAUAACUAUUAAUGUCUUAGGGCAAUUAGUGGAAAUCUCUGCAUCAGGAGAUUUUGCACUGAACAAAGAAAAACCCUUGCAGUAUAUUAAGAACCACCAGUCAUUUCAUGCAAAUGCGUUACAGAUGUAUGAUCAGUGCAUGAAAGCGUUUAGCACUGCCCACAACAACAUGGAGCAGAUCUCAUUGUACUGCCGGCACAUUCCUCAAGACGUGAAGAAGGUCAUCCAGACACUGAUGCAAGGACAGCAAAAGAUUAAUGAAGUUUUGCUUCCUGUGCAGAUGAAUAAAAUUGUGCAAGUUUCUCAAGAAUGUUUAAGCCUGUCAGAAAGUAUUCAGAAAGAUUUUACUCUGGGUAAUAAUAUAAUUGAGGAACUUCUCGAAAACUGCAAGAUAAGAAAGAUGACAUUGGAAGAUUUGAGGAAGAGAACAGAUGUGGAUCUGGUAAAUGCUAAUCUGAGGGAAAACUACAGCCGAGAACAAACAUUACAUGGCUGUGAGUUACUGCAGCAGAAUGAAGAGUGAAGUAGCAGAAAUAAAAGAGAGUUUCAGGUCAACUAACUGGGAACGAAAACCCACAAUGAUGCAGUGUACACAGCAUGAUCUACAGCAAAGCAAUGUCAGUUACAACCAGAGUGUGGAGGACAUGAGGAAAUGUGACAAGGAACAUGAUGACGUCAAGAUAAGUAUAAUAAACCUUCAGGCUGAAAACAAUGGCAGCAUUUCAACUAUUAAUAAUGUGACAAAAGGGAUAGAUGCACUGGGACAAAUCAAAGAACAGUGGAUCAAGAUAAAUAAAGUUUUUUCACACAGUAACAAAUUUAAUUAAAACCUUAUUGAAUCAACGCCUCACUGACUUUCUUGACUCCUGUAAAUCGGUCACCUCUAUCACUAACUACUCUGAUUCUGAUUUUGUAAAAGAUCUCAUUUAUGGUGCAGCUUUCCAGUCAGUGAAUGCUGCUGACCUUCUACAGAUGUUCACUGAGACCUAUGUGGAUGUCUCUGGAAAUGAUCUGCUAGCUCAGGUUAGUAGCCUAGUUGCUGCCAUGUGCCUCAACCCCACAUACUGCAAAUCCAAGGAAGUAAGUACAAGUCUGAAAGUUAACUGUGACAGAGCAAAGGGGACAAUUGAAACUCUUGUGACCAAAAACAAGGAGGAGUUUGAAAACGGUGUCCAGGCAAGAAUUGAUCAGGCCAAUGAAAAUCUGAAAAAUGUGCUCACAGAAAGCAACACUGCAGCGAGUGAGAGCCAGCCAAA